AUGCCGAUUAUCUGGCCCCCCUUCCGUCGUCUUGAACGCCAUAGUAUCAGCCCGCUUUCUUUCGAGCUGCAAGCACAGGGCUUCGGUCCUUCCUUUAAGCGUAACAUGACUGAUUGCCGAGGCUCGCUUACCGAACAGCAGCUCCAGAGUCUUCCCGAUGAAGAUCCUUUGAGUUUGCGAUGCGAAGUGGGGGAUCAGAACUAG